CCCUAUAUAAACCAGCGGCAGGGGCUCUGCUCUUCCUCACUCAUCAGUCAUCACAAUUCACAACACACAGCCUGCGCUGCGUCCUGUUACAAAUCCUUCCACUUCGUUCUUGCGGCGGCCGAUCAAGUUCCCUAGCCUAGCUAUUUCAGACACCAGCCAUCCCCACUACCGUAUCAGCAUUUCACCAUGACUAAUUCGACACUCUACUCGCCGCCGCAAAUCCCCGCCGCCGGCCCCUGGAGCUCCCUAUACGCUCCCCAAGAACAGCCCGCGAAACCUCGUGACGCGUCGGCGGUGGCAGUACUACCGUCUUCCUCUCCCAAGAAGCCCGCGUACGGAGUGAAGCGGAACCUGGAGAUGUGCACGGAGGCGCUCGGGUGCGAGACCGGCGGCUUCGACGCCGCCGGUGACGAAGAAGCCGACGAGGGCGCGGAGAGGAAGCGGCGCGCCAGGAGGGAGGAGACGAAGGUGGAGGCGACCAGAGUACGCCGCCGGGUGCUGCCCCUGCCCCCGCCGCUGACGACGCUGGCGGCCGGCGUGGCGCGCACGCGCAUGGUCCACGAGCGCCGCGACGGGCGGCUGGAGGUGUACGCGGUGCGGGCGGCCGGGAUGGAGGCGCAGCGGAGCGGCGGGCGCCUCCAGCUCCGCUUCCGCCCCUGCCACGGCUGCAACAUUGGCGCCGCGCGCAGCAUACAACGAGAAACGGAAGAUCAGGCAGAGGAGGAGGCAGAGGAAGUUGAUCAGCAGCGGGAGCAGGAAGAGGAGUACGGCGUCGUUGCCAAGUACGUGCGCGGCGGGCGGUGUGCGGAGAUGGCGGAAGGUGCCGCGACGGCGGCGAGGCGCGGGGAGAAAUGGGAGCCGGAGCAGGCGGCCGCGUUCUGGGUGGCCAUCACCUGAACUGAAAACGGGAUUCGUUAAACUGCUGGGAUUAACUUUCAAAAUGAUGAAAGCGACACACCUUGUACAUAGUAGAAGCAAUAUUUGGUUGGCUUCAUUUUAUAUCGACUAUGGUUUGAGAGCGUACGAAAGAUGCGAGAUCCGUGAUUUUCAUUCUUCCAAGGACACACCAGUUUUUACUGAAGACUCUUCGGUUAAAAGUAAAAGGAACUUACCUCCUUGUACUACUGUCUGCUAGCUUUCUGAAACUCGGCGUCUAAGGUCCUCUUUGAUUCAUCACACAGCUAGAAAAAUUCAGAAAAAAAAGAGGAUUGCAAUGUCA